GCCCCCGCGCCCGCCCUGGGGGUCCUGCGGACCACCCGCUCCGUCAGGCCCAGAGCUGCGGACCCUGCGGGCUUCCAAGCCGACCGCGGGACACACAGCUCACCUGUUGAGCAGAGAACAGCAAGCUGUCGGUCUGUUAGGGAGAAUCCUCUCCCUUUGCUGAGCACGAACGAAAGAUGUCGAAUGGCUACUCGGCAGACAAGAGUUUCUGCUAUCUCAUCUCGUGUUUCAGGGCCAGAGUGAAAACGUACAUCCAGGUGGAGCCCGUACUGGACUACCUGAACUUUCUGCCCGAUGAGGUGAAGGAGCAGAUUCAGAGGACGGCCGUCAACGCUGGGAACAUGCAGGCAGCUGAUCAACUUCUGAGCACUUUGGAGAAGGGAGGCUGGCCCCCUGGCUGGACCAGACAAUUUCUGGUGGCUCUUCAGAGAGCAGGCAGCGUUUUAGCCGCCCGCUACCUGAACCCAGAGCUCACCGACUUGCCUUCUCCGUCCUCUGAGAACGUUCAUGAUGAGUGCCUCCAACUAAUGAACCUCCUCCAGCCCACCCUGGUGGACAAACUUCUGGUUAGAGAUAUCUUGGACAAGUGUGUGGAGAAGGAACUGUUGACAAAUGAAGACAGAAAUCGGAUUUCUGCUGCAGAAAGCAAUGGAAAUGAAUCAGGUGUAAGAGAGCUACUGAAAAGGAUCAUGCAGAAAGAAAACUGGUUUUCUGCAUUUCUGAUUGUUCUGCAUCAAACGGAAAACCACGCUCUUAUCCAAGAGCUAACAGGCACCACUUGCUUUGAAAGCAAUGCAGAGACUGAGAACUUAUCCCAAGAAGGUGGCCCCGACAUUCAAGAGGCAGUUCUUUUAGCCACAGGUCAGCCAAGUCCAGAGAGAGAGGGCUGGGAUGAGGAGAGUGAUUCGCUGGAAUCGUCUUUGGUGGAUUCUUCUGUUGUUUCAGGUAUUUGGAACCUGCAAUUACUUCAGUCAAACUAUGGGGAAAAAAAGAAACGUUGUUUGUUUUUUUUCUCAAUGCAGAUUUUGGAAUUACAGAUGCAAAGUAUAAUGGAAAAGAAAAUGAAAAUCAAGAGAAGUAUUGCAAAGUACUGCAAGGAAAACCCAUCAUUAAUAAAUUUCCUCUGCAAAAACUGCAGUGUGCUAGCCUGCUCUGGAGAAGAUAUCCACGUUAUUGAGAAGAUGCACCACGUCAACAUGACACCAGUAUUCAAGGAACUCUACAUUGUGAGAGAAAACAAAGCACUACGAAAGAAAUUUGUAGACUAUCAAACAAAUGGCGAGAUUAUCUGCAAAAAAUGUGGCCAAGCUUGGGGGACGAUGAUGGUGCACAAAGGCUUAGAUUUGCCUUGUCUCAAAAUAAAGAAUUUUGUAGUGGUUUUCAAAAAUAAUACGCCAAAGAAACAAUACAAAAAGUGGGUAGAAUUACCUAUCACAUUUCCCGAUCUUGACUAUUCACAAUAUUGUUUGUGUAGUGAUGAAGAUUGACAUUUGAUUUGAGAACCUUUAAAAAUAUUAUCAACUUAACAUUUAAUAUGAUACUGAUAUAACAUUUUUACUAUACUCCAGAACUGAUGUGAGGAUUAAUAAAAUCAUUGCUUUACUCUCUGUUGAGCUGCAUGGAGGAAGAUAAUAUAAUAUGCUUUCAAGAAUCAAUCUUGUUGGUGGGCAGGGAUAAAGAAUACUCACCAAUAAUAAUUAGUGUGGAGCAUUACAGUAUGUGGAAAGAAUGCUGGAGUAUAAAUGAGGAUCCAAGGUAUCGCUAUCAGUCCUGUCACCAAUCUUCAAAAUAAAAUUAACCAAAUCAGUUCA